GGUCUGUAACCCAUUUCAGAUUUCUGGAUGUUCCUGAGUUUGUUCAAGUUCAUCUGAUUCUCUGUCAAGAAUUCAGAUUUUAAAACUUAAUUUAUGAAUAUAUAUUUUUCUUUCUUUAAGGUAAAAAGGUGGUUGAAAGCCACUUUGAAGAAUUUGGACUCCAGUGGGCUGAAGGAAUUCAAGUGGUACCUAAAUAAUGCUAAAGAAUCAAAGGAUGGUUUCAACCCGAUCCCACUGGGUCCUCUGGAGCACGCGGACGCGUUGGACACAGGAAACCUGAUGGUGCAGCGGUACUCCUCAAGGACCAGAGAGGUGGCCGAGACGAUUUUAAAGAUGAUGAAAAGUGAAAAAGAAAAACCUGUUGUCCAGGACGAUCCAGUCUCUCCAGCAGGUGCAACAGGUACUUUUGCGGAAGUUUGUAAAAAGCGGCUGAAGUCUAAGCUGAAAGAGAAGUACCAGCAUGUGUCUGAGGGGAUUGUUAGAGCAGGACAGACAAUCCUUCUGGAGCGGAUCUACACGGAGCUCUACAUCACAGAGGGAGGGACCGGAGAGGUCAACGAUGAACAUGAAGUCAGACAUAUUGAAGCAGCUUCCAGGAAACCAGACAGAGCAGAAACAACCAUCAGACAGGAAGACAUCUUUAAACCCCCACCUGGAAGAGAUAAACGAAUCAGAACAGUGAUGACGAAGGGAGUGGCCGGCAUCGGGAAAACAGUCUUAACACGGAAGUUCAGUGUGGACUGGGCUGAAGGCAGAACCAACCAGGACAUCCAGUUCCUGCUUCCAUUCACCUUCAGACAGAUGAAUGUGCUGAAAGAGAGAAAGUUCAGCUUGGUGGAACUAGUUCAUCACUUCUUCUCUGAAACCAAAGGAAUCUGCAGCUUUGAAAAGUUCCAGGUCGCGUUCAUCUUUGACGGUCUGGAUGAGAGUCGACUUCCUCUGGACUUCCACAACAAUGAGGUCCUGACUGAUGUUACAGAGUCCACCUCACUGGAUGUGCUGCUGACAAACCUCAUCAGGGGGAACCUGCUUCCUUCUGCUCGUCUCUGGAUCACCACACGACCCGCAGCAGCCGAUCAGAUCCCUCCUGAGUGUGUUGACAUUGACAUGGUGACAGAAGUCAGAGGAUUCACUGACCCACAGAAGGAGGAAUACUUCAGGAAGAGGUUCAGAGAAGAGGAUCAGACCACGAUCAUCUCCCACAUCAAGAGAUCACGGAGCCUCCACAUCAUGUGCCACAUCCCAGUCUUCUGCUGGAUCACUGCUUCGGUCCUGAGGAACGUCCUGGGGAACGUCCUGGAAACCAGAGAGGGAGGGGGGCUGCCCAAGACCCUGACUGAGAUGUACAUCUACUUCCUGGUGGUCCAGGCCAAACUGAAGAAGGUCAAGUUUGACGGAGGAACUGGGACGGAUCCACACUGGAGUCCAGAGAGCAGGAAGAUGGUGGAGUCUCUGGGAAAACUGGCUUUUGAGCAGCUGCAGAAAGGAAACCUGAUCUUCUAUGAACCAGACCUGAGAGAGUGUGGCAUCGAUGUCAGAGAGGCUUCAGUGUACUCAGGAGUGUUCACCCAGAUCUUUAGAGAGGAGAGCGACCUGUACGAGGACCAGGUCUUCUGCUUCAUCCAUCUGAGUGUCCAGGAGUUUCUGGCUGCUCUUCAUGUCCAUCAGACCUUCAUCAAGUCUGGAGUCAACCUAAUGGAGGAAAAAAGAAACACCUCCAGGUGGUUUAAAAAAAGAGCAGAGCCUGACCUCUAUCAGACAGCUGUGGACAAGGCCUUACAGAGUCCCAACGGACACCUGGACUUGUUCCUGCGCUUCCUCCUGGGUCUUUCACUGGAGACCAAUCAGAAGCUCUUACGAGGUCUGCUGGAACCAGAACAAAGAAGUUCACAGAACAAUCAGGAAACAGUUGAAUACAUCAAGAAGAAGAUCAGUAAGGAUCUGUCUGCAGAGAGAAGUAUCAACCUGUUCCACUGUCUGAAUGAACUGAACGAUCGGUCUCUGGUGGAGGAGGUCCAACGGUCCCUGAGGUUAGGACCUCUCUCCAGAGAUGAACUGUCUCCUGCUCAGUGGUCGGCUCUGGCCUUCAUCUUACUGUCAUCAGGAAAUCUGGAGGAGUUUGACCUGAAGAAGUUCUCAGCUUCAGAGAAAGUUCUACGGAGGAUGCUGCCGGUGCUCAAAGCCUCCAAGAAAGUUGUGUUGAGUGACUGUAACCUCUCAGGGAACAUCUGUCCAGAUCUGUCCUCAGUUCUCAGCUCUCAGUCCUCCAGUCUGACAGAACUGGACCUGAGCGACAAUGACCUGAAGGAUUCAGGACUGGAGCAGCUGUGUCCUGGACUGGAGAGUCCACACUGUCACCUGGAGUCUCUCAGGUUGGAGGACUGCGGUCUGUCAGAGAUCAGCUGUUCUUCUCUGGGCUCAGCUCUGAAGUCCAACCCAUCCCACCUGAAACAUCUGGACCUGAGUAUCAACUACGACCUGGAUGAUUCAGGAGUGAAACAUCUGGGUGGAUUUCUGGAGAGUCCAGACUGCAGACUGGAGACUCUGAGGUUGGAGAGCUGUGGUCUGUCAGAGAUCAGCUGUUCUUUUCUGGGCCCAGCUCUGAAGUCCAACCCCUCCCAUCUAAAACAUUUGGACCUGAGCUGGAACGACCUACAGGAUUCAGGAGUGAAACUUCUGUGUGGAUUUCUGGAGAGUCCAGACUGCAGACUGGAGACUCUGAGAUUGGAGAACUGCAGGUUGUCAGAGAUCAGCUGUUCUUCUCUCUCAGCUCUGAAGUCCAACCCCUCCCAUCUGAAACAUCUGGACCUGAGUGACAACAAGCUUAAGGAUUCAGGAGUGAAACAUCUGUGUGGAUUUCUGGAGAGUCCAGACUGCAGACUGGAGACUCUGGGAUUGGAGCUGUGCAGUUUGUCGGAGAUCAGCUGUUCUUCUCUGGGCCCAGCUCUGAAGUCCAACCCCUCCCAUCUGAAACAUCUGGACCUGAGUGGGAACAAGCUUAAGGAUUCAGGAGUGAAACAUCUGUGUGGAUUUCUGGAGAGUCCAGACUGCAGCCUGGACACUCUGGGGUUGGUGGACUGCAGGUUGUCAGAUAUCAGCUGUUCUUCUCUGGUCUCAGCUCUGAAGUCCAACCCCUCCCAUCUGAAACUUCUGGACCUGAGUGACAACAACCUGCCGGAUUCAGGAGUGAAACAUCUGAGUGGAUUUCUGGAGAGUCCAGACUGCAGACUGGAGACUCUGAGAUUGGAGUGGUGCAGUUUGUCAAAGAUCAGCUGUUCUUCUCUGGUCUCAGCUCUGAAGUCCAACCCCUCACAUCUGAAAUUUCUGGACCUGAGAGGGAACAACCUGCAGGAUUCAGGAGUGGAACAUCUGAGUGGAUUUCUGGAGAGUUCAGACUGCAGACUGGAGGAUCUGAGAUUGCAGAAAUGCAAGUUGUCAGGGAUCAGCUGUUCUUCUCUGGGCUCAGCUCUGAAGUCCAACCCCUCCCAUCUGAAACAUUUGGACCUGAGUGACAACCACCUGCGUGAUUCAGGAUUGAAACAUCUGUGUGGAUUUCUGGAGAGUCCAGACUGCAGACUGGAGACUCUGAGAUUGGAGUUCUGCAGUCUGUCAAACAUCAGCUGUUCUUCUCUGGUCUCAGCUCUGAAGUCCAACCCCUCCCAUCUGAAACAUCUGGACCUGGGCUGGAACAACCUGCAUGAUCCAGAUGUGAAGCAGCUUCGUGAUCUGGUGUACAGUCCAGACUUCCAGCUGAAGACUCUCAGAUGGACAGGAUUGUUUUACUGACCAGGACGGACGAGUCGUGUCCUGAUCGUCCUCAGAUUUUGAAGCACCACCAGUUUGUGUGGACAGACUCUGACUGGACCGUGAUGAUGAUGAUGAUGAUGAUGAUGAUGAUGAUGAAGAUGAAGAUGAAGAUGAAGAUGUACAUAGUUUAUGAAUUACAGAAUUUUACAAAAUUCUCAUAUAUUCAUU